UAACUUUUUUUUUUUCCCUAGUUCUUCGUAAACUGACAGUCCAUGGGUUUGUAGAACCUCAUUGGAAUGUAGAGGUCAUGGGUUUUCUAAAUGCAGUGUUUGAACAGCUAAAACAGUUUCUGGAGUGUAGUAGAAGUAUAAGAGGAGAAAACAUAUGCAGAGAUCGUCUAGAAAAGACUAUAAUUCUGUUCACUAAAGUGCUUUUGGAUUUCCUGGAUCAACAUCCUUUUUCAUUCACCCCUUUGAUUCAGAGGUCAUUGGAGUUUGCUGUAAGCUAUGCUUUCACAGGGGCUGGUGAAGGAAUUGUAUUUGAGCGGUUUAUUGUACAGUGCAUGAAUCUCAUUAAGAUGAUUGUAAAAAAUUAUGCAUACAAGCCAUCCAAAAAUAUUGAAGAUAGCAGUCCUGAAACUCUUGAAGCUCAUAAGAUAAAGACAGCAUUUUUCACAUAUCCCACACUAAUGGAAAUAUGUAGAAGAUUAGUCACUCAUUAUUUCCUGUUGACAGAGGAAGAAUUAACCAUGUGGGAAGAGGACCCAGAAGGCUUCACUGUAGAAGAGUCAGGAGGAGAUUCUUGGAAGUACAGUCUCAGACCAUGCACGGAAGUUCUUUUUAUUGAUAUUUUCCAUGAAUAUAAUCAGACUCUUAGCCCUGUGCUUUUAGAAAUGGUUCGCAGUCUACAAGGAUCUACCAACAUGGAAGAUACAAGUGCUAUACUGAUUAAAGAUGCUGUGUAUAAUGCAGUUGGGCUGGCUGCUUAUGAACUGUUUGAUAGCGUGGAUUUUGAUCAGUGGUUUAAAAAUCAACUACUAGCAGAACUACAGGUUUCUCAUAACAGAUACAAACCAAUACGCCGACGAGUAAUUUGGCUGAUUGGACAGUGGAUUUCUGUAAAAUUCAAAUCAGACUUGAGACCUAUGUUGUAUGAGGCAAUUCGUAACUUGCUUCAAGACCAGGACUUGGUGGUCCGUAUUGAGACAGCUACGACACUGAAGUUAACUGUUGAUGACUUUGAGUUCAGAACUGACCAGUUCUUACCGUAUCUGGAAUCCAUGUUUACACUGCUCUUUCAGCUACUUCAGGAAGUAACACAAUGUGACACCAAAAUGCAUGUUCUUCAUGUUCUGUCUUGUGUGAUUGAAAGAGUCAAUAUGCAGAUACGACCAUAUGCAGGAUGUUUGAUUCAGUAUUUACCACUGCUUUGGAAACAGAGUGAGGAGCAUAAUAUGCUACGAUGUGCCAUUCUGACCACCCUAAUCCAUCUUGUCCAG